AUGCCUCCUGGCAUGGUGAAAUCGCGAGUCAGUCUUCGUUCACGGAUAGAACGGGAUGUGUACACUGUGUUAAAGCAACUGGAAGCAGCAAAUGGUUGCAGGCCGUUCAAAACAAUCACCACAGCAUACGAUGCAAUCCAACGGUCAAAUUCAAGCCUAAAGAGACAGAAGAAGAGGAUUUUAGAGGACGCAAUAGAUCGUGUGCUCUUGUUCAGAAAGCAAGAGGCUGAUGAUUCCAGCGACUCCGAGGCUGCUAUAGAAGAGGCUGAACCAGAGAAGCCAGAAGAUGAGAGAUUUCUGUUGAAUCGACAAAUGACGAAACUUUGGCAUCAAGACUCGCCCGCCAACAAGGUCGAAUCGACAGAACCUUCUCCGGCAAAAAAACGCCGAAUCCAAGCGGACACCGAGGACAUACCCGGUCAAACCAGUGCUGUUGAAACAGUUGUUAAUGGCAAUGUAUCUGAAGGUCCCUCCUCUGUUCAGAAACAGGACAAGCAGCAGAUGAGGAAAACUCAAAAGGCAAGCCGGUUCACGGUCGAGCAUGUCGAUGAGGAGGUACCGCUGGGCGGUCUUGGAGAGGUGUAUGGCGAUCUCCUUGAGCAUGGCUGCAGGCUCUUGCGGUUUGCAAACUACUACGAAGAAAAUGGAUGGGACCGGACAACCGGCAUCCUCCUAUCUGGUCCUUGUGGCAUGGGAAAGAGGUCAUUGGUGAAGAAUGUGGCAUCAAUGCUCGGCGUACCCCUAGUCUCCCUCAAUGGAUGCCUCGAAGACCCCGAAAGAAUGGAAAAGAGCAUGACUGAAGCUUUUGACGCCGCAAUAGCACAGGCCCCUAGUAUCGUCUUCAUCGGCGAGAUCGACCAGUAUAUGUCCAAGACUGGCUCAUCCAACCACAACGAACACCACUCCAAGGCCAUUCGCCUCUUCACGCAGCAGAUGCAACGAUUAAAACACCGGCGAGGAGAAGACGGGUACGUCCUCGCCAUGGCCACCACGUCAAAAAUCGCAGAUGUUGACCAGGCAAUAUUAAAAACCGGUUUGUUCGAAGUUACCAAACAACUGAAGAUUCCAGACUACGAAGCAAGACAGAACAUCUUGCAGACGGUAACCAAAAAGAAGACGCUUGCGGAAGACGUCGACUUGGGUGAAAUUGCCAGAAUAACACACGGCUUCGUGGCAGCCGAACUCGUCCUCAUUACCAAGUUGGCCACUGAACUAGCCGCGAAAUGCAUCAGCGAGGAUGCCGAGGCCACCGACGUCUGCAUGUCCGAGAUCAAGUCUGCCAUCCUCUCUGGAAACCGAGACUUUUUUUCCACCAUGCGCCCGCGUAUACGGCCACGAGCACCCGUAUCCAUGGAAGACUUCAAAUCCGUCAUCAAGGACUUCACCCCCUCCCUGCGCAAAGAAGGCUUCACCGUCAUCCCCAACGUCACCUGGGACCAAGUGGGAGCUCUCGACAAGGCCCGCAAACAGCUACACAUGUCCAUCAUCGGCCCCAUCAAACGGCCCCAGGUGUACAAAGAAUUCGGCCUCAAGCAAACCGCCGGCAUUCUCCUCUGGGGCCCUCCCGGCUGCGGCAAAACGCUCGUCGCCCAAGCCAUCGCCAACGAAGCCAAGGCAAGCUUCAUCCUCAUCAACGGGCCCGAACUCCUCAACAAGUACGUUGGAGAAUCCGAGCGCGCAGUCCGGGAACUCUUCCAGCGAGCGCGCUCCUCAACCCCUUGCAUCCUCUUCUUCGACGAGAUCGACUCUAUCGUGCCCCCCCGGGCCAACUCCUCCACCGACUCUGGCGCUCGCGUGGUAAACGCCCUCCUUACUGAGCUCGACGGCGCACAAGACCGAACGGGCGUCUACGUAAUCGGCACCACGAACCGCCCCGAAAUGAUUGAUGAGGCUAUUCUGCGUCCGGGGCGUCUGGGCGUCCAGCUUUUUAUUGACCUCCCCACCCCCUCAGAGCGCGUGGAUAUCCUCCGAGCCAUCUAUCGGACUCGUCAUGAGAACCCGUCGCCUGUUGCAAUGGAAGGCCUCUCGUCCGUGGCCCAGGAUCCACGCUGUGCAAAUUUCAGCGGCGCAGACCUCAGCGGUUUGCAUGCAAAAGCUGCGGAGAGUGCUUUGGAGAGGUGGAUGCAGGACGAAACGUCGAGUAAGGAGAUGAUUGAGGCGGAUUGGGAGUUUGCGUUGGCGAAUACGAGGGCAAGUGUGCGGGAUCCGGCAUCGUAUAGAGAGAGGGACAUGAUUAUCUGA